GCGGAGAUGCCAUCCGCAGCAAGUGAUCGGCGGCCGGACGGCGGGCAAAGAAGUGGAAUAAGAAGCUCAAUUAUUUAUUGAUGUUCCUUGGUGUCCUCGGUCGGCUGGUGCACAGAUUUCCAUCUUAUCGACAUCUACUACCCUGUCAUUUUCAGCAGUACAAUACCAUACCACAUAGAUGCCUGGAACACCACGGGUACAUCACAGGACAGACCUACAUAUCUAGAUGGCCACCCAACUGGCCAUGGACUGGACGGACUUUCACCACUCUCAGUGGCCGAAGCAACAAGAUAGUGGCGGCCUUGUACCGCCCACCGACGAAUGGGAUCUUAAUGACGUCCUCAACACGGAAAUGUUUGGCUCCUCAAGUACUCUUGCGGCUUCAUCAUCGGAGCAAGAGCCUCGACCAUCGUCAAGUAACAGCCUUCCACUGAACAUAUCUGAGCCCCUGGGCUCCAAUGAUGCCCUGUUCCAGUCAUAUAUUUCGCAGAGCACGAAAAUGUUAGGCGGGAUGGGAGAGACUGAACAAUUAUUGGAAACGGAGCGUGCAUUUCCUGGAGAUGGAGCAUUGCCCUCUUCCAUUACAAACCCUCGUGGUCGUGCCGUUACCGCAGACGCCCCUACCCCGUCGUACAAACCGGCGUCGGCAUCUGGAGAACCUCCUUUGAGGAGAGGGAUGGCUUGUAUGUUUUGCCGGCGAAGGAAACUUCGGUGCUCUGGAGAAAAGCCAACAUGUGCGAGCUGUGUCAGACACAACCAAUCAUGUGAAUACCGGGUAACUGAAAAUUUUUCAAAGGUUCGAUCCCGAAAGAAUGGAAUCUAUGAGGGCAACCAUAACCCAAAUUAUCACUAUUCGCAACGACCUAUCGCCAAUUUCUCAGUUCCUUUACCUCCUAUUUUUGGUGGCCUUUUAUCUUAUGCUCCUGCACAGCACGAACAACCCGGAUUUGAUCCAGUUCCUUCCAACGCUUCUUCUUCCACCCCUUCCGUUUCGGCAAUAUUCAAUUCCGCCUCCCAAGCUGUACAGCCUUGCCCCUCACCCUCCACAAAUACCGACCAUCCUCCACAGUCUUCGGCACCGGAAACCGUUAGCUUCUUUCCGGAGAAGGAAGAGGAGGACGCCGUUGAGCGUUUAACCGAACGACUAGGAGAAUUUCUGUUUAGUCACAAAGGGAGUGAAGAUACCUCUCGAGCUGUGGAUACCCCCACUCUGAGUAAAGAAACGGGGUGGCAAAAGAAAAGGAAGACGGGGAAAGAUGGCAGAUGGGCGACGGAUGGGAAGCCGACGAGCGAGAAUGUAAGACGGGCUGGAGUUCUGCAGACGACGAUAGAGUCUGAUGGGUUGAGUAAUGAGACUCGUAAUGCUUUGCUGGAGUUCUUCCUGUCAAGCCCAUACAAGUUCUUUGACAUGAAUAUCCCUCGUUUGCGAUAUCGCUUGUCAUUUACCGAUAAGAGAAGACCGGCGUUGGCACUGUUGAAUGCGAUGUAUCUAUGGGCCGCGCGACUUUCUGAUGUGCCCAACUCUGAUGCAAUGGAGCGACAUUUCUUCACCAAAGCUUGUCAACAUCUGGGGUCUGCCACCGCAAGCGAUGAUCAACUCAUGGACACUAUCAGAGCUGCUGCCCUUCUAAGCAUCUACAUGUAUACCCGAAGCCGCUAUCACGAGGGCUGGUUAGUAGCAGGUGUCGCUGUUAGACUGGUACUUUCCUCGGGUAUACAUCAAAUUUCUUCUCUCACUUUCCAGCCUUCUCCCUCCGAAGAUCCGCUACUGCGUAACAGAGUUCAUCUUCUUUCGCCUCCUAAAGAUCCCAUAGAGCUGGGGGAGCGCGUACAUACUUUUUGGAUUGUGUUUAUAGUGGAGCGAGCAGGGGCGUUAGCGACUGGGUUUCCAUCUACCAUACGUGACGAAGAUAUCUUGACGCCUUUUGGCAAGCCUCUGAGCGACAUAUCAUCCCAAAACGUCACUCUACAUGAUGAUAUCACUAUAACGGACAUGUAUCACGAUACAGGCGACUCGAAUCCCAAAACGAUUUAUACACACAAUUCACAAUGGAUCCAGGCAUUAGCAAUACUCGAACGGGCUUCAAAACUAGCUUUCCUCAAACCUUCCCGAGACUCUGAUUAUACAAAGGCUUGGGUGGAAUACACAAACGCCCUACGUUCCAGCAACGCUCAAGCAUCUCCCCCUUCGCCGCCACCUGUUUAUCUUAAUCAACCGAAGCACAGGAACCCGAGAGAGUACCGAGAAUGUCUGCUGGCUUUGGACAAUCUUCGUAAAAAUUUGGGUGUGGAGGGACUAUCGCCUUUAGAGAGGAAGAGGAUGGCCGAUGCCAUUGGAGCGCAAUUGGUUAUCCCGCCCAGGACAAUCCAUUUGCAUCAUCACUUUGCAGCGACUGAGCUGCUGCUUCAUGACAUCAACUGUACAGAUGCUGAUAAUAGCGAGGCUAUGAAAGCUGCUCGUCAGAGUGUCGAUCUGAUUAGGUGUCUGCCUCAAACUACGUAUCAUCGCUUCGACGGGGAGAUUUCAGUAGUAUGGUGUUUGAUUGCAAAGUGUAUGAUCAAGGAGUUGGGGCGUUUAAAGCGAGCUGGAGAUGACGAUGCUUGUGAACUAGUUUCUGAGGACGUCGACGUCAUCAUUAACGAACUACAUCAUGUUGGAGAAGCGUUACAUAUGUCUCGUACACAAGCGAAGGCGAUGGAAGAGCUCAAACGUGUAGUUCUGUCAAGCCAUAAAGAGCCAACUUCACCUGUCGGAAAUGCCUAGGGGAAAUCAGAGGUUUACGAGAGAGCCGUGGAUGUGCUAGAGUCGGUAUGUAUGUCUUGCAUAAUCCUUCCACUGCUUGUAUGCAUGUACUUUAGAUGAUCUGUUAUUCCUACUCGCGCUUGAGUAUUUCAACUGCGCUCUGCGGUUACUCUGAACCCGGCAAUUGGCAGUGAGACACCCAUCAACUGCUGUUCGCCGUCGGGACAGAAACGGGCCCGUGCACUCAGCUGUGUGUGCCCCUGGGGUUUUGCCACCCUGUAUAGGUGGUUUUACAAGAGCGCUACCAUCACGCGGGCGGUGCCAGAUCGAUGGCCCAGUACUCGGCACAAAGGACCCUGACACUGGACCAUACUGGACGGGGACGCUGUUCGAAUCUCGUUGGAGACUGGUGAAGUGGAUUUCUGAAGCAAAAGAUUUCUGACUGCCACUGUCUUGCUUUGGUAAUCAUGAUACCAAGCAUUGCAGCAGCACACCACGGUCCUAGCUAAAGGACCGGCCUGGCACGCAUAGAACAGCGAUGCACACGAUGCACCUGCUGUCGCGAACCUUGCCAGCACCAGUCGAGAGACUCGCCCGCUCGCGUGUAGGGUUUUCCCAGUUAUUCGGUUAUAUAGCUUGGGUUUCCCUUUUUGCUUCCAUCGCUGCUAUGGAUCCAAAGGAGAGACUCGCGGUGGAAGCCUCCAGCACGUUCGCAUUGACGUCAGGAAGCCGUUAUCACACACACCUCCUUUGGCUCCUAUAUAUUGGCCCGCUGGAGAGGGCUGUGCCGACGUACUCACUUGUCUCUAAUCGCCACUGACAGCCAUAUACCCACAGCCAUGUUUGCGCCGAGGAUAUUCGAAAGCCCUGCGAGGAAUAUGCACUGGCGAAACUAUCAGUACAACGGUCCUCUGACUCCAGACAUGGAAAUGGCGUUCAAAAAGGAAGCUUCUCGAGCUCUUUCUCGCAUAGGCUCUGGAUCUCUUGGUUUCUCUGUCUCGACCUCUGCCACUACCGUAAACGGUGUUACAACCGGUAUGACCGAGUUUCAGGUGGGCAAGGGAACGGCCUGGACGGCAGAGGAGACGGCCGUGCUAGAUGCAAAGUUUGCAGCGCUGGCGCCGAACGGGAGGAUGGUCGGUCCGAAUGGGCGGUCCUUGAUCAUGACUGGAUCAUCGCAACAACCAACGAUGAGCCGUGUUGAAGAUACUCCUCGAGCGAUCGAAGCUCCUCCUCCGGUCCACCAUGACACACAGGACUAUACCCCUUUGCACCACGACCAAGUCUCACACCGCUAUGCCAGUCCGUCGCCCUCAAAGCAUUCCAGACGGGGCGCUCCCUACGCUCCAAGCGUGAAUGCUGCCCCUCCGCAAUCUGUUCAACCUUUUUAC